AUGAAUCUCAUUCCUCCACCAACUAACCACAAAUAUGACCCCCUCCGGUGGCCACGUUGGUUGAAAGUAUCGGUCGUGCUGUCGACAUCCCUUUUCAACUUUGUGUCCAACAUGGCGGGUGCAGGUCCUUCUGUGGCUGUAAAGGACUUCAUGCAAGACUUUUCAAAGUCUCAGGCGCACGUCACUCAACUUUUGACGUUCAACUUCCUUCUCCUUGGUUUGGGCAACAUAUUCUGGGUUCCACUUGCAUUGAAAUUAGGCAAGAGAGCAUCGCUUUUGAUGGCCAUGGCCUUGCAAGUGGGCGCUUUGAUUUGGUGUGCGCUCGCCAAAAGCUUUGAUAGCUUGCUUGCUGCCCGGAUUGUACUUGGAUUUGCUGCCGCUGCUGGAGAGAGCAUUGUCCCAGAAAUAGUUGCAGAUCUCUUCUUCCUUCAUGAACGGGCCACAAUGAUGUCCAUAUACGUUAUCUUGAUAUCCGGGGGAACGGCUGUUGGUCCUCUCAUCGCCGGCUUUAUGGUUCAAUCGACUGCUCAAACAUGGAGGAGUUACUUUUGGCUCUGUGUUGGGUUGGCCGCUGUUAAUCUCGUCCUUCUAUUCAUUUUCUGCCCAGAAAGCAACUUUCGCCGGCCUGACUUUGAAGAUGACGGUCAAAUUGGAAUGAAACCCGUCGGAGAUGAGGAGGCAACUGAGAAAUCGAAUACUAGUUUUGUCGAAAGCGCUUCUACAAAUGUGGAGUACACGGUUCAUCUCUUGCCAUUCAAAGAGCGCCUUUCUUUGAUUCGAUAUAAUGACAGUAUUAAUUUCUUGAAAGCCCUUGUUGACCCCCUUCGACUCUUACGCCAUCCGUCCGUACUGUGGGCUAUCUAUGCCUAUGGAUGUUCCCUAAGCCCGCAGAUUAUCAUGAUAUUCACCAUGUCCACGCUCCUUAUGCCUCCACCGUAUAACUUUUCAUCAGGCGAUAUAGGUCUCAUGGAGAUAGCUGCGAUAAUCGGUUUUGUUGUGGCAUGCUUUGGUGGCGGGUAUAUUUCCGAUAUUAUCACCACACACAUUGUGAAAAAAAGCAAAGGAGAGAUUAGACCCGAGCAACGCCUUGUCUCGUUGCUUCCUGGGAUGUUCAUUGCCCCGGCUGGAUGCAUUCUCCUUGCCUUUGCAUGUCAGUACAAGCUCAGUUGGGUUGCAAUAGCUUUUGGAUUUGGAAUGGUUUCAUUUGGAGAAGUCUACACACCAAACAUCGCUCUUACCUAUGUGGUCCAUCGUCAUCAGAAACAUGCCGCCCAGUGUCUCGUUCUCAUCAAUAUUUUCAAAAAUAUUCUCGCUUUUCUUUUCCUGUAUGAGGCCGUCCCCUGGGUCACCUCCCAGGGUUUUACUCAAGUUUAUAUGAUCAUGUUCAUGUUAAAUAUGAUUACCUUGGUCCUGGCUGCUCCACUGUACUUCUAUGGACACCGGAAGCGGGAGUGA